UAACGACGUUCCAGCUCAGCGGCUGGAGGAGCACAUUACAAGUAUGGCUGGAGACAGUGAGACACAUUUAGGGGACCGCGGCGAGAACACCCAGGUUGUUCGGCAACCUUUCCUCAUCGGUGUCUCCGGUGGCACUGCCAGCGGCAAGUCGUCUGUGUGUGAGAAGAUCAUGGAGCUCCUGGGACAGAACAAGAUUGACCACCAUCAGCGGCAGGUGGCGAUCCUCAGCCAGGACAGCUUUUACAAGGUGCUGACUCCUGAGCAGAAAGCCAAGGCACUCAAGGGCCAGUUUAACUUUGAUCAUCCAGAUGCCUUUGACAGCGAGCUGAUCAUACAAACACUGAGACAGAUCCUUCAGGGGAAAACUGUCCAGAUCCCAGUUUAUGACUUUGUCACUCAUUCCAGGAAAGACGAGUUUGUUAUGGUGUAUCCGGCUGAUGUGGUCCUGUUUGAGGGCAUCCUCAUGUUCUACUCGCAGGAAAUCAGAGAUCUGUUCCAGAUGAAGCUGUUUGUUGACACAGAUCCCGACACACGGCUGUCGCGUCGAGUUCUGAGAGACAUCAGUGAACGUGGCAGAGACCUGGAGCAAGUGCUCAGUCAGUACAUCACUUUUGUGAAGCCGGCCUUCGAGGAGUUCUGUUUACCUACGAAGAAGUAUGCAGAUGUCAUUAUUCCACGAGGAGCAGAUAAUCUUGUGGCCAUCAACUUGAUAGUACAGCACAUCCAAGACAUUCUGAACGGCGGACCAAGCAAACGUCACAACGGCUGCACGAACGGCCACAGCACUCCACGGCAGCGGCGGACCUCCGAGUCAAGCAGUCGGCCUCACUGACCCCAUCACACCUCUCUUCACAGAAGGGAGAGGGGUGUGGGGUGUUGUAAAUAAUGCCUGUGGGCAUCACUGUAUUUAAAAGAGGAGAAGAAGAAGAAGAAAUGCAAAGAGAAUUGAAAUGCCUUUUAUUAUAUCAUGACUACUCUUAUGUUAUUGGUUAUUUCAUUGUAACUGUAAGGAUUUGAUUUUUAUUUUGUCAUGAGGGUAAAGAUGAGCUCUUGUUGCGAUGAGACCAUUGGUUAAAUAUUGAUCCCAUGCAUUUCACCCCUGCCUCUUUUUUCCCCUUCCUUUCUUUUUAUGUAUCCCCUGCUGCUCCGUUAAAGUUUAUGCUGUAAAUGAAUAAAAUUGGGGAAUCUUUUUUUUUUUUUUCUUAUGUCUGAUAAAACUUGAAGCCCUCGGGGGGGGGGAGGAAUCUGAUGACAUGUUUAGUGUUCUGAAAGGAACGCAAGUUAGACAAGUGAUGAAUCAGGUGCACUCUAGCUAGAUUUGCACUGACAAUCUUGGGAGUGUCUCCUACAAUUUUCAUUCAGUUCCUGGUUUUUCUCGUUUGUGUUAAGUGUAUUGUAGUGUCCGCACCUUUUGUAUGCCUGUAACACAAUUUCUUUUUAUUUUUCGGUACCAGUUGCUACAUGCAGAAUAACACGACUAGCAGAUCAAUGAAGCCAAAUGCCUGAGGGUUCAACUGAGUGCUCUGAUAACUAUGUCUAGUGCAACUGUUAAUUAUGGGGUUAGUUCUCCUGUCUAAAUGGCUCACGUGUAAUGACUGAAGCUUAUACAGAUCCUUGUGUUUUCAAUGGCACAGACUUUGGUUUGUGAGCAAAGUGUUCAAAUCUGUGAAUUGCUUUUCUAUACUCCUCCCUCUUCUACAAUUUGCUCACGUUCACAUGGACAAAUAAGUUGUCGAGUUCGAGCUGGCAUGUAUAUACUCAGGUUGAUACCAAUGGAUUUGAAAUGCCAGGUACAGCAAUAUCACUUAUCCCAGGUGUGUGGCCAUUAACCACCAAGAUCCACCACAAUGCCUCUGUGAAGAUGCCUCAGGUUAAAAUGUCUAGUAAGUAUUCACACUUGCAGUUUCCACUAUGAAAAGGUUACAAUAAAAAAACAAAAAACAAA